CCCCGCAGGUAAAGCGGGGUUAGAUAAACUGGAAGUUCGAUAAUAGGCGGAUAUAAUGUUGAGGGCGGCUGGAGGAGAGGCAGGUUAGAGAUCACGUUGCGGAGAAAAAGUUUCUUGUAGUGGCUCCUUGCUCGCUUCUCAGCAUGGUAGUUGCAGAAAUCGUCGUGGUGGGAUCCUGUAUGACAGAUCUAGUGAGCCUUACUAAACGUUUACCCAAAGUUGGAGAAACCAUACAUGGGUAUAAAUUUUUCACUGGAUUUGGGGGGAAAGGUGCCAACCAAUGUAUCCAGGCAGUUCGGCUUGGGGCUAAAACUUCAAUGAUCUGCAAGGUUGGGAAGGAUUCUUUUGGUAAUGACUACAUUGAAAACUUUAAAAAAAAUGGGAUUCCAACAGAAUUUGUAAGUCAGACAGAAGAUGCUGCAACUGGAGCUGCUUCAAUCAUGGUCAAUAGUGAAGGAGAAAACUUUAUUGUAAUUGUUGCGGGAGCAAAUUUACUUCUGAAUUCCAGUGAUUUAAAAAGGGCUGCUCAUGUCAUCGCUGAAGCCAAAGUGAUGGUCUGCCAACUUGAAAUAACCCCAGAAAUUUCUUUAGAAGCACUAAAAAUGGCUCAUACCAAUGGAGUGAAGACUUUAUUUAAUCCUGCUCCAGCAAUUGCUGACCUAGACUCACAAUUUUACACUUAUUCUGACAUCAUCUGCUGCAAUGAAAGCGAGGCAGAAAUUCUAACAGGAAUUGCGGUUGGUAAUGCUGGAGAUGCUGGACAAGUCGGAAUUAAAUUGUUAGAGAGAGGCUGUAGGACUGCCGUCGUAACUUUGGGACCAGGGGGUUGUGUGAUAGUCUCCAAAGAGGAACCAACCCCAAAUCAUAUUCCUGUCAGGAAGAUCUCUGCUGUGGAUACUACGGGAGCUGGUGACAGUUUUGUUGGAGCAUUUGCAUUCUACCUGGCUCACUACCCCAAUCUACCUCUACAUGAAAUGCUGAGGAGAAGUAACUUCAUAGCAUCCAUUAGCACUGAAACAACUGGGACACAGACUUCCUACCCUUAUAGAAAGGAUCUGCCACAAAACCUAUUUUAAGCUGUGUAAAACAUUAGAUUUUUCUCUGCUCAAACUUUUAAACAAAUGCCAACUACACAGAUGCCAAAAUGAAAAUUGUAUAAAUUGUAUGUUUUUGCUUAGCCUUAUCCUGAAUGAGGUGUACAUGGUGUCACACAUUGCAAUUCCAGUUUAGGAUACAGCAUUUCAGCUGAUACAGUAAGAUUAUUUCCAUGUCUUGGUCACUUAAAAGCAAGGACCCUUUUAUUACUGUAUGUUUUAAAAUUGUAACCCUACUCCGAGAAUAAACUUUUUGCACAAUUUGGAAAGUCUUUGCACUGAGAAACAGGAUGAUCAAAGCAGAAAUAACUGUUGAAUAUUUAUACUGAGGCAAAGCAUACACAAAAAGGUAAGGUUCACUUUUGUGGUAAUUCAGUUGCCAUGACUCAACUUCCAGACGUAAUUGUAGAAGUUAUUAACUUUUAAAAACAAUGGAAUUUGAAAAAUCUUUGUCAUGGUCCCUAUACUUUCCUGAAUAUGAGAUAUGUGCCAAAAGGCAUUUGUUUAAAAUGCUUCUAUACUGUUUCACUCACUCUUAAGCAAUUCACAGCAUAUAUGCAAUAAUACACUACAAACAUAAUUACUUUACAACAUUCAAACUAUGGUGAUACAGCCAGCAAUCACAGUAGGAUUAAUCUUCAUCCAAGUUCCCACAAUCACAAGUAAAACCACUGCAUACCCCUCAAUUCCAACCACUCUUUGGAAAAGCCAAGUUUUAUAAACUCCCUAAAUAUCAAGAACAAGGUGAAGGAGUUAAUUCUGGUUGGAGUCCAUUUCACAGCAAAGCAGUUCCUGCAGAAAAUCCACGUAUGUGCCCUCCUGCACCUCAUUCUGCAGGCAUAUACUGGAUGUGUAGAUUCUAUUUGAAGAAUAUCUAUGGAGAUUCUCAGUCAUCCAGGUCAUGGUUGUCUCAAAGGUGCUUUUUCAGGAGGCAACUAGUUUUUUUCUUUGAAGAUGUUUCGCUUCUCAUCCAAGAAGCUUCUUCAGUUCUGACUGGAUGGUGCUGAUUAGAUUCCCCACCAUCCAACCAGAGCUGAAGAAGCUUCUUGGAUGAGAAGCGAAACAUUUUCAAAGAAAAACAAACUCCAGUUGGCUCCUGAAAAGGCACUUUUGGAAUAUCUGAAUAGAAUUUAAAUAUUCUGUUAGAUACCUGGGUUCUCCUAAGCUUUGUGAUACUUUAAAAAGAAUGACCAGCAUCUUGAAAUGCAUGGGAUGAGGGAUUUGACAGAACUUUCCUGAAGCACUUUUUAUAUUUGAGAUGAAACCAUAAUAAUGAAUUUUUAAAAACUUUUUUGUUUUGAUGAUUGUUUCAGUUUGUGCUAUGGAUGUUUAUGGGAUAUGGUCUUUUGGGGGGGUACAACAAAGUAUCUUUGCAGUGGUACAGAAAUCUAAUAAAGUAUAAUAACAUCA